GGUGGGUCUUUUUGAGAGGCGUUGCCGCACACUGACUACUGCACGAUUAUAUACCCGCCGCGUAGUCUAACAUUUUCAUACAUUGCGCAUUUCGCGGCUGCUCAGUUCCUCGUAAUUGUCCGAGCGUUAAGAUAUUUACAGAAACAAACAUUCAGCCAUGGCUAACUACAUUCACGUCCCCGACGAGGCUCCCGCUGUGCCCAAAAUAGACGUGACAGUUGACGAAAGCGACUACAGACCCGGUGCUCUGAAGCUGAUCAAGGAGCUGAGACCGAGCUGGAAGCCAUCCGAGGUUAAAUUGAAGUUCUUCACAGAUGGGAUAACCAAUAAGCUGCUGGGCUGCUACGUGGGUGCGGUCAUGCAAGAUGUGGUUCUGGUCCGUAUUUAUGGCAAUAAAACAGAACUGUUGGUUGAUAGGGAAAAUGAAGUGAAAAGUUUUAGAGUGCUACAUGCACACCGCUGUGCCCCGCGCCUGUACUGCACCUUCAACAACGGUCUGUGCUACGAGUUUCUGCAGGGAACCGCCCUGGAGCCUGAGCACAUCCGCAGCCAACCUGUUUUCAGACUCAUUGCCAGGCAGCUUGCUAAGUACCAUGCCAUCCAUGCCCACAACGGUUGGGUGCCCCAGUCUGACCUGUGGCUGAAGAUGGGCAAGUACUUCGCUCUCAUCCCCAAGUACCUCAAGGACCCUGAGCAGAACGCCAGGUUGCACACGGAGGUGCCCAGCCCACGGUGCCUCCGAGAAGAGCUGGUGUGGCUCCAGCAGAGCUUGUCUGUGCUGGGCUCCCCCGUAGUUCUGUGCCACAACGACCUGCUCUGCAAGAAUAUCAUCUAUAACCAGGAGGCAGGCAAUGUAAAGUUCAUUGACUACGAGUACGCUGGGUACAAUUACCAAGCCUACGACAUUGGGAAUCAUUUCAAUGAGUUUGCUGGCCUGAAUGAAGUGGAUUAUAGUCACUAUCCAGGGCGGGCCUUUCAGCUGCAGUGGCUCCGCUCCUACCUGGAAGCCUAUAAGGAGCAUAAAGGCCAGUGCAGUGAGGUGACUGACAGAGAGGUGGAGAUUCUUUUUGUCCAAGUCAACCAAUUUGCCCUGGCAUCGCAUUUCUUCUGGGGUCUCUGGGCUUUGAUUCAGGCCAAGUUCUCCACCAUCGACUUUGACUUCUUGGGAUAUGCAGUCCUGCGCUUCAAUCAGUACUUCAAGAUGAAACCGGAGGUAGCUGCACUGAACUUACCAGAAUAAAAGCCCCUGCCCCCUCCUUUUCUUCCUACCCUCCACCCUGCUGUGUGCCUCACAUGAUGACUGCACAGCGCCCUCUAGGGGUCUAUGUAGGAAAGAGCCAGAACUGUUCAGUGCCUACAUGUCCCAUCCACAUGUCCUUAUCUCUAUAGAUUGAAUGGACCACAGUCUUAUCCAUAAUCUGCAGUCACAUUUAAUAACCAGGAGGUAGCCCAAAAUCAUUUGUAGUCUGGGCAUGUGUGAAGUAUUGUAAGACCUGCUAUAAUGGGAAGCCCACAUGGCUACAUUUACUGUAGUCGUUUAAAUUAUUCUAAUAUCAAUUAGGAUAUCAACAUGAUUUCUGCUAUUUGUAAGGAGCUUUUCGAAUAGCUCAAAUAACUAUAAAUGGUACCACGUGGGUGGAAAAUUACCUCAUUCACAACCAAUACAUAGCAACCACCAGCAUGACUGACAGGUGGCCCAAACACUAAUCUUGAUUGCCUGGAGACAACUUCAUAGAAGCUCAUAUGAACAUUUUAUGUGGAAACCCCUCCAGAGACAGGCCAGCUAACGACCAAAUUUAUAAUGACAGAAAAGCAAUACAAAGCCUGCUUUGUUUGCUGAGUAACCAAGUUAAAAAAAAACAAAUGACAAGAUGGAAAGGCCAGUGCUGUCCUUAAUCCCAUGUGAUGAAAGCCACACUAAGCAAAAAAAACUUAUGGCCUGCCUUGUGACUCUUGUUUUCACCCUUAUUUUCCCCAGCAUACUGUACGUGGGUGGUGUGCCAGAAUAGCCAUGUAGUCAUUGUUGCUGUAUAGUUUGGUGAGGGCUUGUGUGUUUUGGCUUUCUAGACUGAAGGUAGAAACAUCAAGUUGUAGGAGAGCAUCUUGUGUUUACAUCCAACCUCCUCCCCUGAGUUUAAUAGUUGUAUAUCACUGAACAGUCAAUUGAGUUUUUCACUAUAAUGUAGGUUUCAUGUUUGUUUUGACACGUGCCUUUUGUCUAAAUCUCGACAGGGGACACACAUGCAUUUCACUGUAAUUUGAACAUUCCAUUGUUCAUAAUGUUAGACAGGAAUUUUAGUGGUAGCUCACAUGGUAAGUCAGCAGUGUGGGGAACAUUAUUCACUGUGACGUUGGCUGUAAGCCAUGCUGUACGAGACAAGACCAAACCAUGUCAGGGAAAGUUUGGGAGUUAUCUUUAGAUAUUACAAAACACUGCUGUUCAGUCCUUAUGAACGCAGGACUGACCAUUUCUUAUACUUGUAGACCAGUUCUUAUUCACACAUGGUGAUAGGGCCUUGCAGAUUGUUUGCGUUUGUCAUUUUAAGCUCUCAAUGUUGAAAUUAAGGUCUGUAGAAAAAUAUGGAACUUUUGGGGAGAAAGAAAGUGAAGUUGGUUAUCUUAUCUCUUAGUGCUGGUCAGCUCGGUAAAGUUAGACACAUCUGUUUUGAAGUUAAAAAAAAAAAUGCAAUGAAAACCAGCUGUUAGUGGGACCUGAGGAGCAAGAGCACCAUCUGUUGGAGAGAAGAAAAAUAAUGGCUGCUGUCUGUCACUGUUGAUAUUCACGUUUAACUUUAUUAGUGUUUUAAAAGGAGCUUUAGGAGGCCUUUGAAAAACGUCAUCUCUUGGUUAUUUUGAUAAGCCUACACCAAAGUGCUGACAUCUGUUUUUUUUGCUUGUACAUAAUGCGCACUGUCAUUUUUCCAUGUAGCACAAAGAGAAUUAGAAUGAUAAUUAAGACCUUUUUUUUUUUUUUUUUUCUUUUUUUUUUUAGAAAUUUCAGUUUUUAUACUUAUUUAAAUGGAAAUGUUACGGCUGUGGUCUUUUAGAGUGUGUGGAUGUUUGCUGGUGCAAUAACAGAUGAAUCUUGGGCAAAUAUAUUCAAAAAAGAAAAAGAAUUGAGCUUCCUGAGCAAUUUAAACCUAAAACUUGCGUGCAAAACGCAGUGAAACAAGUUUGUUUUCACAAUUUCCCCAAAACAAGUUACCUUAUUACAAGUUUGCCCAAAGGCUCUCUGCUGUAACAAGUGUGCAAUGCUCCGUGAAUAGACCAAUACUGAUGAGACUGGAUUGUCCACUCAUGUUCACACUGCACUGUUCAUUUACCAUAGUGAAGGAGCAGGUAUUGAAGUGUUAGUCUGCCAGUGUGCCUGUAAAAGCUCUUGUUUUGUACUUCUGGUUUUGAAGUUUGAAGGUUAGGCCUAUUACUUCUGUCUUUUCUUUAGCGUUGUGUGUCUUUCACAAUGGGGAAUUGAGAUGGAAGAAGUAGUUUGACUCAGACCUAAUAAGAAUUUGAAAUCUUUGUACAUUGGCUUUUAAAAUAUGUAAAAAUCUUCCAUAAAAGUGUACUUGAUGGUACCGAUUAACUGUUUGAGUUGUGUGGGAGGAACAUGUGAAGGGUCUGUGGGAGAUUACAUAUUAUUUCUGUUGGGUGUCUGAAAGGUAGAUUAUCAUACUAUGUUUACAUAUAACACAUAAAUUCAUGCAGUUUGUCAAAUUCUACUGCCACAUAGUCAGAAUAUUGAAAAUAUUUAUAAGCACACUGCUGAAAUACUGCUUAUAGGCUUUAUUUUCCCAUCCAUAUGAAACAAACAAACUUAUUUCCACUGUGUCAUAGGUCAUUUCAGUACUAUUUAGAACACUAAAUUUCAGAAGUGUGUUUGUAUUUAACAUUGUAAAGAAAUCUGUCCUUAUGCAUUCUCUCUGGCCACUGUAGCAUAUGUUUAUAUGUACAGUAAAAAAAAUGUAAUAAUAUCUUUGCCUGUUCUCAAAUGUGAAUGAAUGUACAUAGAGGAAGUUGUUUUAUUUUCUUUUGUUUUUUAAAAGUUACAUUAAAGUGAAUAGUUGCCUGGGGUAAGAGGUGAAAUUUAAAAAAUGACAUUUUCAAUACUGUAAACAUGCUUUGAGAAAUAAAAGUCUAUUUACCCUUA